UCAUUCUCCACUCUCACUUCCGCAUUUCUUAAUUUAAAAAUCAGCGCAAAGAGUAUCAACACUUCCGGUAUGGAAAUAUCACGUGAUAUUUUUCGCAGCUGAUAUGCAGGAAGGAAGCUGAACAGCAGCCAUUAUUAUUUCAAUGAGAAAAGCUGAAAAGGAGGAGAUUUGAGACAAAAUGGAGUCAGAAGGAGAUGUGGAUCUGUCCUGCAGUGAAUCUUCACCUGAGAAAGAUGUGUGUGCUGUUAGCGAGCCUCAGUAUCUGGAGGAUUUGGUGUUGGUGAAGGAGGAGUGUGUAGAGAAACUGAGCGAGGGUCUGAUCUCACACUACCUCCCAGAUCUACAGCGUUCCAGAGAUACAAUGCAGGAACUCACACAAAACCAAGUCGUCCUGCUCGACACCCUGGAACAGGAAAUAACCAAGUUUAGAGAGUGUAACGCCAUGAUCGAUGUUAACACUCUGUUCACAGAGGCUAAAGUGUAUCACAGUAAGCUGGUGAACAUACGCAGAGAGAUGAUCAGCCUGCAUGACAGAACGUCCAAACUGAAGAAGCGAGCUCUGAAGCUGCAGCAGCAGAAACAGAAGGAGGCCCUGGAGCGAGAGCAGCAGAGAGAGAAAGAGCUGGAGAGAGAGAGACAGCUCAUUGCCAAACCGGCCAAACGCACCUGAACGCGCACACACACACACACACACACGCGCGCACGCACACAUAUGACUUGUCAGUGUUUAAUUGAAGUGCAUGUGUGUGACAGAUUCAGGACACGCAGAUGUGAGAUGUUUUCUUAUUAGGGUUCAUUCAAACAAGAGAAAAAUAUCCCUCCAUCAUUCGUCUCUCUUUCCUCCUGAUCCGCGCUCCGUUCUCUCACACGUGCUCUAGAACAGUACAGAAGUGUGUGAGUGAGCAUGUGGUAAAGAUGAAUCUGAAUUUCUGACUCUGAAGAAAGCCUCCCCUCGACCCCGAGCUCAGAGCAUGACGUCGUGACAAAAUGGCCGCCGUCACGCGGUCAGCAUUAAACACAGUAACGCGUACAGCACUUAUCAUCUGAUGACUGUAAAGAGUUCAACACUGAGGGUACAGUUCAUACACACAUCAUAAACUGCUUCGCGUUUUAUCAACUAAACACACUUUCAUAGAGGAGUCUGUGUGUUUUCAUCAUUUCCAGGUCAGACGUCCCCGUUCAGCAUGUUUAUUUCUGCAGCUUGAUGAAAAUCAGACGGUGUAGUUAGGGCAGGUUCAGGGGCUUUAGGACGGAGUGUGGUGUGUAAGUCGGUUCCUCCUGGAUCUCACGAUCGCAGACAUUAACGCAAAAUCAAGCAAACGCUGCAAUAUUGUGAGGAGCUUGGAACUGGUCAAAAUUACAGCGGAUUUGGGCCGAGACGCGCCAUGUGACGUCAUCACAACGCGCCAAAACUCCUCCAUUCACGUGCGUCGAACACGAGUACAGCUAAAAUCUCUCAUUUACCAACAAACAUCACUGUGAAAGAGCGCAGAACUAUUACCUGCGAUUUGGAUUUCACAGAUUCGACUGGUUUUCUCAAAAAUAAAGCACAAAAAACUCAGUGUCGCAUCACAUCUUUCGAAAAAAGCCGCAGAAAAAUUAAGCGAUUUUGGCCUCAACGAUCACAAAAAACUGAUAAGUGUGUGAGUGUGUGAGUGUGUGAGUGUGUGAGUGUGUGAGAGCAGAACUCUGUUUGGCCACUAGGUGGAGUCAGAGGUCUGAUAUCAGCAUGUGACGGUUUUACACAAAUACUUCACAUUUAUUACAUUCAUUUAUACAUAGUCACCAAUUUCUCUAUAAUUUAUAUUUAAUUAUAUGAAUAUAUUGUGUUUGUGUGCUUUUCAGCACGUUUUGUUUUGUGUAAACGUUCACUGUACCUGAGAAAUACUCAGUAAAUAAACGAUUUUGCUUCUAAAC